CAUCCCCAAACAAAAAUCAAACCAAAGUCAAACAAUGGGCUCACGUGACGCCUGUUAUCAUACGCACAUGCUAAGUAGGGUGGACUAUUUACCGAGGGUAAAUACUUGUUGCUUAUUAACUACAAGAAGCUGUGCUGUCUGGAUCACAAUCUGAUUAUUUCUUUGAAGUAAAACUAUUAGCUGGACACACACACAUGCACACACCUUUGCUAUAGUAUCUGAGAUCUCUAUGGAAUUUAAUUUCAAAACAAUCUUUUUGUUACAUGACUGUAGUAGACAUGACAUAUUCAUUCCUGGUUUUUCUAUUAGACAAACUGUAAUAAUAAACUCAGGCGUGCAUGCACUCACACAGACACACUCUCUCUCUCUCUCUCUCUCUCUCUCUCUCUCUCGCCCACCCCACCCAUGGUUUUCAGCAGAGUCAUGGCCCUAUCAGCCUCCUACCUACUGUGUCCUCAAAAUAUGUACUGUCUGCUAAACAUAGUGCCUACAGUUUAGUGCAUGAUGGGCUGUGUGAAAACAAUAGCCUCUGUACUAAUCGUUCUGUGGACGUGGCAUAAGGAUGUUCUGCCCUUGUGCGGGCAAUGCUCACAUGUCCUUGUUGUUGUUGCAGGAAACGUCAGCGAAGCUGCUCUUCAUUUUUAAAGCAAAGCUACCCAUAAUAUUUGUGCCUUUUCUUCUCUGAUUUAUGGGACCAUCUAAAGAGCAUGGUUUAAAACGCAGAGUCCAGCACAAAGCGUAGAGUUUCACCAGAGGUCUGCAAGUUCAGGGAAGAAGAGACUGCGGAAAAAAGAACUUUCUGGAAGAAAAUUAAUUGAGUCUGAGUGGGAUCAUCUUGUGUAAAAAAACUGACCUUUUCCGCGGCACCCCCGGCCGUGGUGGACAGGCACAGCGGUGAUUUUGAGAAGGCCAGUUCCCAUCACCCCGGCGUUGCCCGCACGCAGCCAAGCUUUCGACCAAUCAGCAGAGACGGUGAGUCAGCGGGGGAAGUGGGGAACUGAAGCCUUUAGUAGUGGCUGCUGCUCCACUAUAUAAGAAAGUCAGAGAGUCUGAAGACCUAUGCACUCCAUACAGAGUCCAUACAGAGAGAGAGAGAGAGAGGAAGGAGAGAGCGGGUGGCAGAGAGAGAAACAGAGAGAGAGAGAGAAAGGAGAGAGGGGGUGACAGAGAGAUACAGAGAGACAGAGAGAAAUCUGCAGAAUGUUCCAGAACACACAGUGGUCCUGUGUGGGCGUCCCGCGCCUCAGUUCUGCCGGGGGGGGUCUGGUCCUGGGGCUGUGCCUCUGGCUCUGCGCGGGGGUGUGGGGGGACGUGGGCCACUUCUCCACCUGUCCCCAGUUCUUCUACGGGGGCACCCCCCCCAGCGGGCUGGGGGGCCAGGGGUAUGCCCAGAUCUGCCAGCGCUACAGAAACCAGCAUCGCUUUGCCAGCCUGUACCACCGGCAGAACAGAGCUCCCCUGUACUCUGCUUACCUGGUCACCGUGGGAACGGGCAGGAGGCCCCCGGCAGUGUGGAAGUACGAGCCGCAGCUGGCCACCUCCAGGGCCGGUCCAGAGAUGCAGCCGCUCCCCAAGAACGGGUCAGUGGAUCAGAACGUUCUGGAGAGCCAGGCGGUGCUGAAGGACUAUGCCUGGUCCAACUACACCAAGGGCCACCUCAAUCCCAGCAUGCACCAUUCCACGCGCGAGGACCAGAAGGCCACCUUCACCCUGACCAACGUGGUGCCGCAGCGCCUGGGCUCUAACUCGGGCCCCUGGGCCAUGCUGGAGAGGGCGGUGUGGGCGCGGCUGGGGGCGUACUGCACCGGCCCGGCGUAUGUGGUGACGGGGGCGCUGCCCUACGCCGCCCGCCGCCAGAUCGCCAACCGCGUGGGUGUGCCCGAGUACCUGUGGACAGCCUACUGCUGCCCCGCCUUCAACUCCACCCUCCCGGCCGAGCUCCGCCCCUUCUUCCCCGCCUACGCCGCCAUCGGGCGCAACGACCGCCUCAGCGACGACAGCAUCGUGCCCGUCGACCCCGGGGCCAAGCGGUCCGUCCGGGGGUACAACGUCAGGCCCAUGCCCCUGGAAACCAUGGAAUCGCACCUGCGGGAGCGGCUGGGCGGGGCCGUCAGCGUGUUCCAGAACGGGUGCCGCCAGGACACGGCCGAACUGGCCACUCAGAGCGGGCGCCGCCAGGACACGCCCGAACCGACCACUCAGAGCGGGCGCCGCCAUGACACGCCCGAACCAACCACUCAGAGCGGGCACCGCCAUGACACGCCCAAACCAACCACUCAGAGCGGGCCCCGCCAGGACACGCCCGAACCAACCACUCAGAGCGGGCGCCGCCAUGACACGGCCGAACCGGCCACUCAGAGCGGGCGCUGCCAGGCCGAGACUGCAGUAUUUUCUAUACUGAAAUUCUUCUCAUCCUUAUACGGCGAAUGAGAAAGUGAAAAAGUAUUUACCCCCUUCCUGAUUUCCUCUAUUAUUCCAUCUGCCACACUGGAUGGUUUCCGAUCUGUAGACAAACCAUGAAAUUAAAGAAUAAAUUUUAAAAUGUG